CACAGCAUGUUUGCCCUUUUUACACUGUUAAUCAGCAUGCUUGUCCAUAUUUACGCAUGCUCUAAACAGGCUUGAUGAAAUGGGUCAGUAUAUUGAUCAUAGCUGUGGCUUUAACAAAUCAAUAUGAUGUACAGUUUUGGUGUUGGCUUAUAUCCUAAGCUGUUUUCAGAAUAGUUUUGAAAGAGGUAUUGUUCUCCUUUCAGAAUGGGGGUAACAAUAAGUGUCACUGUAGUACAAUAGGCAGAAUGUACAGCCUAAUUAUGACCAUAUGGUCUGCUCUGCGGUCUCCUCUGUGGACUGUGGUCCACAGUUGUCGGAGCUCAUCAGUGGUGAGCAGCUGAUCUGUGAUUUGAACCUGGACUGGACUGAACAGACGGACUGCGGUCGCUCCGCCGCACUGGAACAAAAGCAGCCAGAUUGAAGCUGUGCAGUGAAGGCAGACACUAUAUUAACAUCAGAUCUUUAUAUUGUCUGGUGUUUCUUUCUGGACAUCAUGGUGAAACAGCGGCGCGUCAGGGCUCAUCCCUGUUGUGGAGUUGUUGCGCCUCUAUGUUGCAGAAGAGGAUCGAUGAAGACUCUGACAGAGCCAGCCAUAUUUGCCAGGGAGACGAGUUGUGACUGUCUCGCCCCACACGAGAAACUCACCAUCGCUCAGGCUCGCAGAGGAACCCCAGUGGACCGGCCCGUCAGAGUCUACGCCGAUGGCAUCUUUGACCUGUUCCACUCCGGACAUGCUCGUGCUCUCAUGCAGGCCAAGAACCUCUUCCCCAACACCUACCUCAUAGUAGGAGUGUGCAGUGACGAGCUGACCCACAAAUACAAGGGUUUCACCGUCAUGACGGAGCACGAGCGCUACGAGGCACUGAGGCACUGUCGCUACGUGGACGAGGUUCUGCGAGACGCGCCGUGGACCCUCACACCCGAGUUCCUUGAGAAACACAAGAUCGAUUUUGUGGCUCACGAUGAUAUCCCAUACUCCUCAGCAGGAAGUGAGGAUGUUUAUAAACACAUCAAGGAGGCAGGAAUGUUUGUGCCGACACAACGCACAGAGGGAAUCUCCACAUCUGACAUCAUCACCAGAAUCGUCAGAGACUACGACGUCUACGCCCGGCGGAACCUUCAACGCGGAUACACGGCCAAGGAGCUCAACGUCAGCUACAUCAACGAGAAGAAGUACCGACUCCAGAACCAGGUGGAUCGCAUGAAGGAGAAAGUUCGCACGGUGGAGGAGAAGAGCAAACACUUUGUGUACCGCGUGGAGGAGAAGAGCCACGACCUCAUACAGAAGUGGGAGGAGAAAUCCCGGGAAUUCAUCGGCAACUUCCUGGAACUUUUUGGACCCGAUGGAACAUGGAAACAGGUGUUCCAGGAGCGCAGCGGUCGAAUGCUGUCCUACGCCCUGUCUCCCAGGGAGUCGCCGUGCAACAGCCCUCCCCGCGAACUGUCCCCCCUCCGCUCGCCCUCACCCCCGUCCCCCCCCACACGUUGGCACAGUGCGCGGCCUUCGCCCCCGACCUCCCCGAAAGGGGCGUCCGCGUCCAUCAGCAGCAUGAGUGAAGGGGACGAGGACGAGAAGUAGAUGGACAAACACAUGCAAACACCUCACUCACAGUUCGCUGCCUGAGAACUGCUCACACACACACGCACGCACACACACACACACUGACUGGACACUGAAACCCUAAUCCUCCAGGAUGUUGAUCUGCAGAAGACGGUGGUCAUGGGAGAGUAGUUCUGACCUUCCGUGGUAAGAAGCGAUCACUGUCUCUGUUGUCGGGGGCAACACAGGAAACAGAAGACAGACGGAGAGGAUUUAUGUACACAGUGUCAUGGAUCACAAGGAAGCCCAGAGUCCUUUGGAUUUGCUUGGGAUAGUCCAGCACUGAUAGAGACUGUCUGUCCCACAGCAGCCUGCUCAUAACCUCACCUCACUGCUUUUGUCUUGCUCUCUUCGGUUUAGUAUCUUCGUAGGCGGGGACGUCGAGGCUUUUCGGAGCGACUGUGACCUGUAGACGUAGAAGAGGCACAUCGUUACACAAACACUGUGUCUGGCGUUCAGUUCAGCGGCUCGUGUGAACUGGAUUCACCAUCACUGUGUAACUUUGUCGGUUAGGGAUUAAGCUUAAGGCGCUACACGCUCCGUAGAACAGCAGAGGUGUCACAGUGGCACGCAAUUACGUAGUCAGUGCUUGUAUGCGGCAUUUUUUCAUCAAAGGUCCAGUCUGUAAAAGAAAAAGAAGAAAUUGAAGAUACAAUUAUUAUACUGAAUUGUGACUUUUUAAUUCGCCCAAAUACGCCAGACUCCUCUGUUAUAUAUUAAGAUUUUAGAAAUUUCAUGUCUAAAUGUUGGAGAUUAACAUAUGUUUUCAGGAUUUUUAACUGAUUGACAUUGUUUGGUUUGAUUCUUGUGUCAACACUCUCUGCCAAUCAGUCUGUCGACGUCAGAUUAAAGUACCAGGUACCAGGUACUAGCCCUAAUGGAAAAGUCAAAUAAACUGAGUAGAGUCGAGGCGUGCUAGAGCUGUAUAAUGGAAAAGCGCCAAUAGUGUAGGUUCUCGAACACAAUGGAGGGCAGAGUGAGGGAUAUUCAGCUCCAACAUGCAACAUCCACCAAUGAAUUUUACACGCUGCACCUUUAAUGAAUGUAGAAAGAGUGAUUCACAGUCUGUAAUUCUGUUCAAUUAUUUAUACCCAUGUUAAGUAUGGACCAGUGUACUGUACCUAGUCUUUAAAUGUCCACCUGAUUGUGAUCAUUUAACGUAGCUUCUUGAACGUAACCAGCCAUCACGACCCCUCCCGGAGCAUAAACGUAACGACUCACUCACACACUCACACACACACACACACACAAAAAC